UGAAAGGGUUUUUGCAGGAACAGGAAAGAAGAAUGAUGAGAAAGUCAUAGAGAAACAGUGAAGGACGUUAUAAAAGUGUCCUUUUGAGCAGGUGAAGUAUAUAAGAGCCACUUAAGAUUUGUGCAGUCCUCUACAUUCUCACACAGGGAACAUCGUGAACACAACACAGACAAGAAAUAGGAAAUUGUCAUUGACGGAUGUUGGUAGCCUAACGAGGUGGAGAAAAACAACAGAGAAUAACAGGUUUAUCCAAGAAAGAGUAAAAAUGAAGUUGAUGUUCAGACCACUUCUUUUCCAUUUCCUCCUGCUCUGUGCAACCCAGACAUUUGGUGUCAACAUCCAGUCUGUCCCAGAACUCAACAGUGAGGGUGUUAUACAGACAGAACUGGAGAAGACUGUGUCUCUGGUUUGUCAGCCUGACGGCGGCCAUGAAGCUCAGGAUGAUGAAGAGUUGGUCUGGCUGAGGAAUGGCGCUGUCGUCAGUCUGACAGAAGGAAAUAAGAAGGGUCGCAGCAGCGUGUGUGUUUCACCCGUCAUCUAUGAAGACGAUGGGGCCACUUUCAGCUGCCACCUGGGCAAAAAUGCCACAGUUACGGCCUCGGUCACCCUGAAUGUCACAUAUCACCCACAGCUCUCUGGGUUAGAGGAAGUUGCAGUAGAAGAAGAGGCAGAGCUCGUCCUGUGGUGUGAUGUCUGGGCCAAUCCACCUGUCUCAUCUGUGUCUUGGACACUAAAUGGAAGUGCAGUGGAUCUAGUAGUAAGUGGCUUCUUGUUGACCAAUGACGGCUUUACAAGCAAGCUCAUCGCCAACAGCGUGGAGAAAAUCUUGCAUGAAGGCACGUAUCAGUGCACAGCAAAGUCUCCCCUAUAUGGUGAACACAGCAAGCAAUUCAGUGUCACAGUGACAGGAAAGACAAUGAAGCUCCCACUGAUGCCCAUGAUUGCAGGGAUAGUGGUGGUGUGCGUUACCACUCUUUUUGCUAUUGUUUCACGGUGGAACAAAAUUACAAAGUGCUGCAAGUAGGUUGUGCCCAGAUGACAUUGCAAGUAAGCUUGAUGCAAAUGACGAUGAUGAUGAUGUCAGCAAUGCAAAUUAGCGUAUGGCAUCAACUGGCAACUUUUAAGCACCUUUUUGGACCUAGUGUUGACUGCUUUCAUUGGAAGAGUUGGCACUAUAGUCGUCUCUACUUCACCAAAGAAAAGCCAUGAAGACAUCACAACUCAGUUUGUAGUUGUUGUUUUUUGCGUGCAGGAGACUGUGAUUACCCAUGAACCAAUUUGAUAAUAUUUGACAAUUCUUUAAAGGAAUAUUUUGUCAUUUUCAGAAAUGUUUGACAUAUUUGUUUUCAUGAUGAGUGUUUGAAGACCAAUUGCGCUCUCUUACAGUGUGUGUCUGUUAAAUAUGAAGCUACAGUACAGCCAGCAUAGUAACACAAAGACUUGACUUAAAGGGACAUUAAACAAGAUGGAACUCAAAGUUAAAUACUGAGCUUUAGCGGUGCUGUUAUGUGGAUUUUGUUACCUUUGGACACAGCCAGGUAGUUACUUCCACUAUUUGUUUUUGUGCUAAGCUAACCGGCUGCUGGCAGUAGCUUUUUAUCAUACAGACAUGACAGAAUUCUUAUUUAAAUCUUUGCAAUAAACCACAAAUGCCUAAGUAUUUUUCCAAAAAUUUAAUUUAAAAUCUUCCAGAUCCAAAUCUUUAGAUUGUAGCAGGACGAUCUGUGAAGUCCUUGAGAUCAUCCUUAAACACUUUUCAUAGUGUGAUGCACUUCUGCCUGUUUCUUGUUAAUAUCUUUGCAAUAAAAGCUUUGUUUCCUCGCCA